AAUUAAAUGAAGGCCAAUGGUUUAAUCAUUAGUUACACCAUGAGAGCUGGAAGGGAAAGGUGCUGGUUCCCGAUGACAUGGUUUUCAUGAAUCCCACACCAGCCCUGCCAUUUCCAUGAGUUAAGUCUGCUUUGGGAUAGGCCGGAGGAUUAUCAUCAGCAUCGCUGGACAAUCAAGAUUUCAGAGCAACAAAAAAGCGUGAUGAAAGCAAUCAUUCUAACAUCUGUAUUAAUAGUGUGUACCAUCCACAUGGCGUGGGGAUGUGUGACCGGUGCAGGUCCAUCUUGGGAGAUCAACCAGCCAAGAAGACCCGGUACAGGUGCACGACGAAAAUCUAGCAGACUAAGCUCUCGCAAAUCCUUCUUGCUCGACUCACCUCCCAGGCCAAUCAGUUCAGGAAUACCUUUUGCAGUAGUGACGUAUUUUGCUGGACUUAUAAGCAAGGAAUCAGCAUUCCAAAGCAUUGAUGUUGAUGCUAAUGGUCUCGUUUCAUUGGAGGAGUGGAUAUUGGGAGGAGGUGACAUGACCGAGUUCAAACAUAUGCUUAUUCGUCUUGACAUAGGAGGCGAUCAAACGAUCUCUCUGACUGAGCUGAGGCCAUUCAGUCUACCAAGUGAAGGUCCAAGAGAUGUGGUUUUUCCUCACCUAGAAAUCCCAGACCCUUUGCCACGAAGACCAGUUCCAAGAAUAUCCGCACCAAGAAUGCCGAGACCUCGUCGGCCUCCAUUUAGACUCGAACCACGAGAAUUCCAUGGAGCUCCUUGAACAUUAUGCCCAAUGCCUUUGCCCCGCAAGACCAGUGCCAAGAAUAUCCCCACCAAGAAUGCCCAGACCUCGUAGGCCUCCUGUGUGGAAGCUUUCGAAAUAUUGAUAAUGAUAGUUGGCUGACGAACUUUGAGUAAAUUUGUCAGGAUUUUGAUUUAUUGUUUUUAUGGAUAAUAGCCUGCUACAGCUUUAUGUCAAUAUUAUUGUUAUUUUACCAUUCGAUAAAUCAUAUAAAAGGAUAUUGUAUUACUAAAAGUA